UUAUGAGGACAAAACCAUUUAACAGGGCACAUUAACUGCAGAAAACUGUGUGGACGGAACGAGACUGCUCGUGGAUCAUCCUCUGACGGGAGGACCGUCAAAUAACAGCAGGUCUGAAAUAUAGCGUCUGUAAUGAACGGUGCGCUGGAUGUGGACGAAUCCGGCUGGAGAUGAUGAUGAUGGUGAUGAUGAUGUUGCGUCUGCGGAGACUCAGAGCUAAAGUAGAGGGAUCUUACACACUUCUGCAAACACGCACGUAAAGCCUGACCUCUCGAAACACCUCACAUUAUUUAUUUCCAGGAAAGGAGCCGUGUUUGUCACUGAAGACCUCCUGAAUUUGACUGACAGACGUCUUAUGAUGAAUGACUGCAGUUUAGGAGCGUUUGCUCUGACUCUUUGAAGUAUGUUAAUGUAUUUCCCAUGUGGGUUGUAUACAGAAGAACAUGUGAAUACGGAUGAAAGCACACAGGCGGACUCCACUAUGUUCAAGAGCAGGAUGCGUUUUACCAAUUCGAAAUGAUGCGUUUCGCUGGAUUCCGAACACCAAAAUCGUUCAUGGCCUUUGUGAUGAGAAGAUGGAAGAUAUUACUGGUGCUGAAUGUGUUUACGGUGGCUGGCUUCAUCACUUUUUGGGGCAAGUGCAAUAUACGCACCACCAAAGCUGUUGGACAACAGAUGGCUGCCGAUUCGAGAGGACAGACCAAUCUGAAUGGAUCUUUUCAGGAGACCAGCAUCACUCAUGAUGUACUCUUGAAGAGACUGGGAUCACUGGAAGAUGUGGUGUACAGACAACUCAAUGGUUUGUCCAAGUCUCUUGGACUUAUCGAAGGUUUUGGAGGCCGGGGUAGAGGAGGUAUACCAGCCACACUUACACCAGCAGAAGAAAAGGAGGCCAAAUUCCUGAGGGAGAAAUAUGGCUACAAUGCAUUUCUGAGUGACAAAAUCUCUCUGGAUAGAUCAAUUCCAGACUACCGUCCCAGCAAAUGCAAAAAGGCCUUUUUUCCCCGUGACCUGCCACAGAUUUCCAUAAUUUUCAUCUUUGUGAACGAGGCAUUGUCCGUCAUUCUGCGUUCAGUCCAUUCAGCUGUCAACCACACACCAGCACAUCUUCUAAAGGAGAUCAUCUUGGUGGAUGACAACAGUGAUGACGUGCAACUGAAAGGCCCACUGGAGGAGUACGUCAACAAGCGCUACCCAGGUCUUAUCAAAAUAGUGCGCAAUCAGAAGAGAGAGGGGCUUAUACGGGCUCGCAUCGAGGGCUGGAAAGUGGCCACUGGGGAGGUGACCGGCUUCUUUGAUGCCCAUGUUGAGUUCACGCCUACAUGGGCUGAACCAGUUCUGUCUAGAAUCAAGGAGAACCACAAGAGGAUCAUCCUGCCCUCCAUAGAUAACAUUAAAGAUGAGACGUUUGAGCUGGAACGCUAUGAGAACUCAGGCCACGGCUACAACUGGGAGCUCUGGUGUAUGUAUAUCAGCCCACCCAAACAGUGGUGGGACGAAGGGGACACUUCUGCACCUAUCAGGACGCCUGCAAUGAUAGGCUGUUCUUUUGUGGUAAACCGGGAAUACUUUGGGGAUUUGGGCCUACUGGACGCAGGGAUGGAUGUGUAUGGAGGCGAAAAUAUAGAGCUGGGAAUCAGGGUUUGGUUGUGUGGGGGCAGCAUGGAAGUUCUGCCCUGUUCCAGAGUGGCCCAUAUUGCUCGAACAAAGAAGCCCUACCACAGUAACAUUGCCUUUCACACAAGACGGAAUGCUCUUCGAGUUGCUGAAGUCUGGAUGGACCAAUACAAAUCUAAUGUCUAUUUGGCAUGGAACCUUCCGAUGAAGAACCAUGGCAUUGACUAUGGAGAUGUAUCGGAGAGACUUGCGCUCAGGAAAAGACUCCAGUGCAAAAACUUUGACUGGUACCUCGACAAUAUCUAUCCAGAAAUGAGAAGAUACAACAACACUGUCUUUUAUGGAGAAAUUCGCAAUACCAAUGUGACCCAUCUGUGUGUGGACCAGGAUAAAGAAAACCACACAGCAACUCUGCACCCGUGCCAUGGCUGGGGCCCUCAGCUGGGUCGCUACACUAAGGAGGGUUAUCUUUUUCUGGGUCCUCUGGGAAGCACUGGCGAAGAUACUCGGUGUGUGGUGGACGAUAAAAUCAGCAGCUAUCCACAGCUCCUGAACUGCGAGAAGGUCUCAAGCAUACGCCAGAAAACUUGGCACUUUGCACAGAAUGAAUCAAUCAUCAGCCGAGCUACAGGACGCUGCCUCGAGAUAGUGCCGGCUAAUGUCUACUUCGGCUACGCUCUGAUCCUGCGCUCAUGUACUGGCCAGAAGUGGAACAUCAAGAAUCUGAUGAAACAAGACCAAGGGCAGUGAAUCAGAAAGUGGAAUCGGUUUUGAAGAACUCAAGCAGA